AUGUCAGAGAGCUGCCAUGACACGGGUCCAAUAUCAAAAGGACCAAAAUAUUACACAAGUUGUUCUUAUUUAAAAGAGGAGAAAGAAAAGAUAACUGUCAUGUUUAUGUUGUCGCUGUUUGCCGUACUUGGAACAAUAGGUAAUUCGCUUGUGCUUUAUAUUUACUCGCACAAGAAGGAAAAAUCUACCGCCGGCAUAUUCAUCAUGAGUCUUGCCGGAACCGAUUUGUUUACGUGUUUGUUCAUUAUGCCGUUUACGGAGGCGGUUGUGUUUCUUGAAUACAAAUUGAAAUAUGACGUCGCGUGCAGAAUUUAUAUGUUCUUCAUAACGUGCAAUAUCCCUUUUGCAGCUUUUAUUAUGGUCGCAAUAGCAUUUGACAGAUAUUUUUGUAUAUGUCAUCCGUUCUGGCACGUUUUAAAUAUCGUCCGUGCAAAGGUUAUUGUGGUUUGUCUCUUGAUACUUGCCUCAGCCUUUGGGCUUAUAACAGCGAUUGCACAUGGGACGUAUAGUUACGGGGUUUUUAACAGCACUGUAAUUCAGAAAGUAAACAUUCCCCAACUGAACAACAAUCUGAAUGUAUCCUUCACACAGAUGCCGAUUGACAAUCACUCUGCAAACGAAACUUUGUAUGUGUCGUACUUAAAUAACGUAUACGCAAACAACGCCUCGUUAAUCGACCUUGAACAGGAUAACGCACACAGAAAUUACACGAUUAUCCAAAGAGAAGACAUAAUUCAUAACGGCAUAUGCAUGCCAAAUGAUAUUCUCAUCGGUCCAGGAUUCCUUAGCACAUAUCAACGAGUCUACGCGGGGACGUAUCUGCUCUCAUUCAUCGUGGUGUUCGUGCUGUAUGGCCUCAUUUAUAGGUCAAUACAUAAGCAUAGAGCGAAGCGAAGCAAGAGGAAACGAUCAAGCCUUUAUCCUUUAACUGGGAUUGAAUUCUCCAACGUUGAAACACAGUUUACGGCAGUCACACAUGUUAAUCCCCAUAACAAACAUCGGAGUUCUAACAGCCUUGAAAACGGUGAGGCGGUAGACGGCGAUGGCGAGUGCUUGCCGGAAUUGCAGCCUAUGCGUCAAAUAGCGAAAUCGAAUCCACGCGCGAUGUUCAUAAAAGAGAAAACACUUAUGGCAAAUAUUCGGACAGCCAUAAUGCUGUUUGUUGUCACAAUUGUGUUUCUUAUUGCGUUUCUGCCAGCCUGGUUAAUGGGAUUAGCCAUUCUGGACUACAAUCAAGUCAUCUUUUAUAUGUAUUUUAUCUACCAUACGACGAAUCCUUUCAUUUACGCAUUUAUGAACAAGUCGUUCAGAGACGAUCUUGGAAAAGUUAUCAAAUGCCAAAGCAUGCCUAUUGUACGAUAA